UAAUUAAGUUGAAUGUUUUCUGCAGCUGUUUUUAUAUCCUCAUGAUUUAUGUAAAGGCACGAUCACAAUCCUUAGUAUGCUAUACAUCAAAAUACCUGUUAACAGAUGUAAUUCAAACCACUUUUAAAAAGAUCUUUAAAGCUAGUAUAAUAGUAAUAAUGAUAGUAUCACGAAAUGUUUUAUUGUAUUAUUAGUACAAUUUAUAUUUAUAGUGUUUCUUUUGUUAUAGACGUGUUCGUCUGCUUUUGAACGAAAAUUGCAGCAAAAUUGGAAUUUACAAAGUUAAACUGCAGUUUUAUUAAUAUGCAUAAACGAUUUUCAUCAAAUACGCAAGUUACAUCAAACAGCAAAAUUGUUGAAAUAAAAGAUUAAUUCGGAUUAUAGUCUAAACACUCCUUGAACUUGAAAAACAAGCAUGUUCAAGUGUCAAUAACUAUUGUUGAAAAAGGGGGAGCGGAAUGGUUUUACAGACCUGUUUUACUUUUACUAGGAAUUGCCAUAAAUAAUAUCUGGAUAACCAAUUGGCGUUGCUUCAUUUCGGAAAACAAAUCCGGAGAGUUAUCCAUCGGAAGCAUUUAUCACAAGAAAAUUACAUAAAAAUUGCAGACACGGUUUUAUUGAGCUUGUACAUGAGGGAUAAUGAAAAAGUGCAACAUCGCUCACGCCCCCUAGCACCGGCUUUGUUGUAUUUUUGGUCAAACAAGAAUGGAAUACCUCGACCUUUGGAAAUUAAAGCGAUACUGCCGACCUGAUGCAAAUGAAAUGGAUGAGAUAGAAAUAGAAAUCAUUCAUGAAAUUCUUUUAAAGUUUCUAAUCAUAGACGUUGACAUCUGUAGCAUUUCGGAUGCCCUGUCUAAAGGUGGAUAUAUUACUGCACAAGUAUCGAGAAACAUUGACAGAGUUAUUGGAACAAAAUUACAUCAAGGUGAAUUAAAAGUAACCAAGAGAGUUACGAAUUAUUUAACUAAUAAAAUAUCUUUUGUCGCACUACUUUGGGCAUUGUCAGCAAGCGGGUAUCAGAGAAUUGCCAAUUUGCUUCUUACGUCCCUAGAAAGAGCGAGAUUGUCAUCUGUUUCAUUACCUAUAAAGAAAGCGUCAGUGCUAAAGAGUAAAGAAAUUCAUUUACUCGUAAAACAAUUGAAAUUAAUAUCCGAUUCUAAAACAUUUGAUAAUCCGGUUGCUUUUAUACGACGCUUAGCUAUACGGUUUAAAGAAACGUUUGCCUUAGAACAAAAUGAUAAAAGAAAAAAGGCAGACAGAUAUUUUGCAAUCUUAGCAGUGGAACUGGACAAUUCCACCUUCAUGACGAACAAGUUUGUUUCUGUUAGGUCAUUAGUAUCAGAAUUAAGACGGGUGUUGCCUUUCACAUCGAACUCAACAAUGAAUGAGGCUUUGAUAAAUGGUAGGAUUGCUGAAAUCAAGGCUAUAAGUGGAGAAGUUAAUGAAGCAGUAUCGAUGAUGCAAGAUCUGGUCCCUGUGAUAUAUAUAACAGAGGCAUGCCCAGAAACAGGUAAUAUGUAUUACAUGACAUUAAACAUUUUAUUACAAACUUUCGAAAGAAAUCCAACGGCAGAUAUGAAACAGCAUUUCAUAGAAAUGGGAUACAAUGGUCUUCAUUUUAUACGCGUUCUUGACGUAGAUAUAAUGAACUACUGGAACGUCUGUUACACGCUUAAAAUCAUAUUCUGUGUCCUUGGUCUAAGUAUCAGUGGUCGACCCUUGUGUCUUUCGGUCGAGGCAAAUAUGCUUCAGACUGCUCAGUAUUUUCUAUCAGAGAUUAAAGAUGUCGUGAACGUUUAUGGUAUAAGAAAGGUGAUGUGCUACAAACUUGCAAUUGGUCGUCUUCUACAUUUGCAAGGUCAUCAAAGAAAGGCGGCUGAAUACCUCAAGGAAGCUCGGGCGCUUGCUAUGCAGGGCGAAUUUAUUGAGUUGAAAAGUAUUGAUGAAUACCAUAAAAGCAUUCUAGUUGCAGGGAAAUGAAAUACAAGUCUUUGUUACUGUGGAAGAUUGUGUUUAUCUAAAGUAUGUCCUAUUUUGAAAAAUAGGUAACAUGCUGGAUAUAUAAAAACUAUAUAAACUGCGUAUAAAACUUUAGAAUAUUUCUUAUUUACUGACAGGAAGUGAAGUGGAUGAAUAAUUUUUAAUCGAAUAAACGGAAAUAAAAUAUAUUUGUGGGCAUGCAUUUGGUAAAAAUAGAUAAAUUAUUGUUUAUCACGACUCGUCCGGUAAAUAUGCAUAGAAUAUAAUGAAGGAUGAUAAUACCUGAAUUAAUUGUAUAUCCAAAAUCUUUCAAAAUUUUAUUAAAUUUUACCAUAAAUAACCUUAAAUAACUAACUAUUUAUCUGAUUAUAUUUGUACUUAUAUUUUACAGUAUUUUAACCGUUUGACAAAUACAAAUCAGUUUUUUUAAUGUAAUCCAUUUAUACCAUACUCAAGUAUAUGUUGUUUGUUUUGUUGUUGUUGCUUGUUAUAUCUUUUAACAAUUGAUAAAAACCUGAUCAGAAGGGGUAUAUCCAACCCACAAUUGCAACUCCUUCUUGGCCCUUUCCUUCAAACUUUGGAUAAAAACCUCGAACACAAUAGUAAAAAUACAGGAAACGGAUACUGUAUUUCGGUUUAACCUAUGCUAAG